UGCUUCUUUGUUUUGAUCCUGUUAUUCCCUCACCUCAUCACAUCUGAAUAUCUCACGCCGAAGACCGUGCGUUGAAAUCUUGCAAGGACGAGAUCCAAGCAUCGUUGUUUUCCUUCCCAGAAUUUACGCUCUUCUUACUAUCAUCAAGAUACAAAAUGGAAUAUCGACGGACCAGUGGUAGGCAGGAAACCGGUGGCCGUGACAGAAGACAAUCUAAAAGGGAACAGGCAUAUCAGGACUCUCUUAUUGAGGAUUUGUCACAGGAUUUUCGUUUGCCAAUCAACCACAGGCCAACAGAAAAUGUUGAUCUGGACAACGUAGAGCAAGCAUCUUUGGACACACAGAUAACAUCAUCUAAUAUUGGCUUUAAGCUCCUCCAAAAGAUGGGAUGGAAAGGAAAGGGUCUUGGGAAGGAUGAACAAGGAAUCAUUGAGCCAAUAAAAUCUGGAAUUAGAGAUCCAAGGCUGGGGAUUGGUAAGCAAGAAGAAGAUGAUUUCUUUACUGCAGAAGAAAAUAUCCAGCGAAAAAAACUUGAUGUUGAGUUGGAGGAGACAGAGGAACAUGUGAAGAAACGGGAGGUCUUGAGAAUUUCCUGCAGUUUUUAUUACCUGGUGGCUUCUUCUGCCUGCUUCGUGCACAUUAUGAAAAUUCAGGUGUUAGCUGAACGUGAGCAAAAAAUUCAAACUGAAGUGCAAGAAAUCCGAAAGGUGUUCUAUUGUGAUCUCUGCAACAAGCAAUACAAAUUGGCAAUGGAAUUUGAAGCACACUUGAGCUCUUAUGAUCACAAUCACAGAAAGCGUUUCAAACAAAUGAAGGAAAUGCAUGGUAGUAGUAGUCGGGACGAUAGGCAAAAGCGAGAACAGCAGCGUCAAGAAAGAGAAAUGGCAAAGUUUGCUCAAAUUGCUGAUGCUCAAAAGCAGCAACGGCUUCAACUGCAACAAGAGUCUGGAUCAGCAACAGUUCCAUCGGAAUCUAAAACUGCUACUGCACUUACGGAUCAGGAGCAGCGAAAUACUUUGAAGUUUGGGUUUUCUUCUAAAGGCAGUGGUUCCAAGAUUACAUUUGGUGCCAAGAAGCAAAAUGUUGCAAAGAAGCAAAAUGUUCCGAUCUCCUCUAUAUUUAGUAACGAUAGCGAUGAAGACUAAUGAUGGAACAUUACUCGUGAAGUGACAUAUCAGCGUGAUGACGAAUCUCCUGUGUGGUUUGGUGUGGUUUGGUUUGUAUUAGCUGUUUUAUUUGAUAAUUGUUGCCAUCCUCGGUUCGAGAGGAAGAAAACAUUUGGGAUUAUAUGAUAGUUUGGAGUUUGGUAGACCAAAAAUGUUACCUGCUUAUCUGUGAGGUAAUGUUAUGUUUGUAAGGAUUUUAUGUUUACGAGAGUAGCAUGGUUAUGUUAGUUUUCAUAGUUCAAUUAUUGAUGUGAAAUUUCGAGUA